UAUAUUUCUUUCUGUCCUUUAAACCAUCCCUCACCUUCCUUUGCCCACUGGUGUCCACCUUUUCCUUCCUUGUUCUCUCUUCCUCUUCUUCUUUCCCUCCCUCUCUCCUCCUCUUCCUGAGGAGAAAAGAUUAAAUUUAUUAAUUUAAUCUCUUUCUAAUUUCAAUCCUGAGACACCCAGAAUCAGUUUCUUUCUCACAAUUUGUUUGCUUCGCUUCAUUCAUUCACAUCAUCAUUAUGAAUAUUAUUAUCAGCAUUCAAUCCUGAGGCACAAACAAUCAGUUUCCUUCUCAUUUUCUCUUUUCUUUUCUGUUCGGCUCAAUUGAAUUAUACAUUAUUUUCGUAUCAACAUUUUCCAGAUAUAUAUCUUCAAUCUUGAGACAACGCCCACUUGUCUCUCUCUCUCUCCAACAAUUUCUUGUUCAAAGACUGAAUUUGUUUAUUAUUGGAUAUAAGCAUCAACAAUAUUAGAAGGAAGAAGAAGGAGAAGAAUAGUGCAUUGUUUGGAGGAGAAGUUGCUUCUCCUUGUAUCACCUCAACCUCUCUAAGAAGGCAAACUAACCACCUCUUCACAUUUGGGUGGUGUUUCUUCGUCGGCUUAAUUGCAGUGACAAAAACUCGUAAAGAGGCCGUUGGAUUGGCCUUAAUUGUAGCUUCUACCAUGACAAUCAAAAUGAAAGGUCUCACCAAAGGAUUGAAGUACAUCUCCAGACUCUUUGUUGUUAAGGAUCGUGAGAUGGAAAUUGGGCAACCAACAGAUGUUAAGCACGUGGCGCACAUCGGCUUUGAUGGCCCCACUGGUAGUGCACCCACGUGGAUGAACGAAUUCAAGACACCCCCGGACUUUGCAACCACAUCAAUUAGAGGGUCUUCUGCUCACUCCACACGGUCAUCUCUAGAGUCUGAAUCGAACACGAAAGACAUAGAAACCCCCAAACACACAAAGAAACAUAAGAGGAAGAAGACCAAAUCAACUUCCUCCGAGUCUAGCCCUUCCUCAUCAAGAUCCUCACGAGCAGCAAGAUCGAAAGCUAAAUUCGUUGAGAGCACCAAAGGACGACGUACAGGGUUAGAAGCGGCGUGAGAUUAUAAACUUAAUGUGGAGGAACACAAACUAAAGAAAUUUGCAAUCUUGUGUAUGAAAGAACACGAUCAUCUCCUUUUCUUGUACUUGGCUUGUUCAAUGAGGUACGACAAGAUUGCAUAGGUUGGGACAUGAAAAUGUGUAAAUUUUGAAGAGGAAAACAUUGAAUGUUUGACAGAUCUCUGGCACGGAGGGACAAGAGAGGUGAGACAUAGGAGGAUGUAAAAAAUGUUCAUGAAUGACAAUGAGAAGGGAAACUGCAAAUUUAUUUAUUUAGUUUUCCUUUCUUGCACACAUUCAAGGAAUAAA